AUGGGUGGAAAGAAGAGUGUUGAUAAAGCUGACAGUGUGAUGCAAUAUGACGGAAAGGCUCGAAGAGACCAGAACAAUCUACCAGCUGAGCAGGCUGAGACGGCCAUCGGGGACUCGUGCGCUCAUCCUGUGUUGACUGCCACUGGUCGUGUUGUAAAACAUCGAACCGAUUUGCAAUGUGAAGGACGUCCGAGCAGAAGAAGCGCAGCCCGCGAUGAUAGCAAAGCGAGCGAGGCUGGGGAUGCCACCAAUACCUCAUACGACAGCAAGAACAAUGACCAGGACGAUGUUAUUGAAAGCCCCAAAGCUAGGAAACGGAGAACUCGAAAAAAGGAGCAGCCAGUACCAGAAGAAACUCUGGAUUCUCUUCGCUCAGAACGUGAGUACUUCAAAGGUCUUUAUGAACAGGAAAAGGCAAAGGCCAAGGACCUGAAGAUCAAGAGAGCCGCCAUCAAUAAAGAAAACAUAUCGAGACGCAAGAAUCAAACUACCUUGAAACAGAAGGUCAAGUCUUGGCAAGCGGAGACGCAAAACGAGCAAAAGUUUGUCGCAGAGCUGCAGAAGAAGCUUGCGGACAAGGACCAGAUCAUCGCGAAAAGUAGCGAAGCUGUCUUCCGUCACAUAGGGAAAGGGGCCAGCGAUACCCUGGACGACAAUCAUGUACGGGGCAGACUCAAGGAGGUAAGAAUGAUGCGGCAAAACUGGGUUUCAGAGCACGCGAUUUCUUCACUUAACGGCGUUCCCGAACAGUUUAUUAAAAGACUGCUUGAAUAUGGCAUGCCCAAAGCUGUGUCGCUCCUGGAAAAGCAAAGCACAUACCAGCUGUUCAUCAGAGAGCAAGGAGCACCAAGGAUGCUUCUCGGCAUUUUAGUAUCACACUCGUGCAGGCAACUUCUGGAGGACCCAUUUGCGUCUCUCGAGCGUGUGGGCCAUGCGGAGAAGAUGGGCUUGCAAAGGGUUCUUGACCAUGGCAUGCCUAGGAACGAACGGAUGACUCGUGCGUGGCGUCAGCUAACGGCUAAAGUCUUGAAUCUAGGGGAUGACUCAGUUGUUGGCAAUGCUAACGAAGGGGAAGAUGGACUCGAAUCCCUAGCACGAGUCAGAGGCGUGUACUAUGAACGGCUAGCAGAGGAUAUUCGAGGCGAUGCAUAUUAUCUGCUGAAGGGUCUCGACGAGAACAGAUCACGCAUACGGUUUGAAGAUCUAUUGCACUUGAUCCGAACCACUGGAGCCCUCUGUGCCGAGCUUUGGGCGCAAGAAGCGCAAAUGAGAUUGAGCAGCCAAGAUUUUGAAAUGGAAACCGUGUUCAGCAGUGAUUCGCAACUGCUUCGGCCCCAUUCAUGUAUGUGCCUUGAUGCGAUGGACCGUCGAUAUGAUGGCCGUAAGGUCAUGCUCGUCGUUGAGCCCGGGCUCUACGCAUCGAGUAAUGAGGAUGACAAGGACUAUGGAGAGUGGAGACCAUGGAUACCGGCAAUAAUAUGGCUUUCGGAGCAAGAUCCUAAGAGAAUACAAAGCAGUACAGCAGCUCCUACAGAAGACGCGGAUGACACUAUCACGGAAGCUAAGCGUCGUCUGAGUGCUGUGAACAGUCAGCUUCAAAGACCAUCCAAAAGAUCAAAGCAUGAACAUGCUCAUUUCCCAAACGAGACUGAAAGCGAGCGUCAAGACGGUCUUCCAUCCUCGCAAAGAGUCGAAGCUGUUGACAGACUUGUCGCAUCGAAAGGUCCCGUCGAGGAUGCAAAGAUGGAGGCCUCCAGCUCAAACUCUCCCCCCAAUGGCUCUUUGUCGUUGAGCCAGGCCAACCAAUAUCCAGUAGCUUCUUUGUCUGCCGAAGGCGACCCGAUUCCUCCGCCUGAAGAAGGUCACAUUUUCGGCAAAGAGCUCAUUGCACAUGCUAUUUCAGGAUCUUCCGAGCGCCAGGAUGGUCAGUCCAAAAUUUUACAAGACUUCCGCAGGGCCGGCUUUCCAAAAGAGGACAAGAACCGAGUGAUGGAGCAAGAAGAAGGGGGUGGGAUGCCUGCAGACAGGUCCAGCGAGGUGGCUGCGAGUUAUGAUAAAUUGCAGCACAUCGAGGCAGGAACAUUUGAGUCGUAUGCUUUUCUGCCUAUCCCUGAAACUUCGCUUAGUUCCGACCUUCACGUACUCGUCCUGCGGAUCCCAUUCACUCGUCACCCUCCCAUUCACACUAUCAGAAGAUCAUACCUUGGUCCACGCAACACCCAAGCUUCACUUCAACCCUACAUGAUCAACGCAGCCGUCUUCUUCUUCUUCUUGGCAGCCUUAAAUCCGGACUAUGACUGCAUCUCCAUGUUGGAUGCGUUCUUGGAAGCUCUUGGAAGUCAGAUCGAAGCUCUGCAGGAAAUUUUCCAAUGCAUCAAAUCACUGUUUCGAGACUCCUAG